UCGAUUCUCGGCCAACCAGAGACGACGACUCGCGUGCGAGUGGGCUUGGCUUAGCCAAUGACAGACGGCGUACAGUUAGCGCUGAAUGCGCGAAACUUGUCCGUUUCGUUUUGUUACGCAGCAGACAAGUCCGCGGAAAUAAACAGGGCGACUGUCUGGCGCAGGGGGCGUUCGCUAGCCGCUAGAAAGGGGGCUGGACUUGUACGCUCGCGAGAUUUUUGUGGAAGAGGAGAGAGAAAUUUGUGUGUGAAUCGGAAUACGAAUCGCCGCCUCCCCCUCUCUCUCUCGUGUCUGAUUGAAUGCUGGAACUCGGCUCAAACUCAAAACACUGAAAGAGAGAUAACCAGAGCGAGGUGGAGACAAAAAAAGAAAAGAAGAAGAAGUGGGAAGACAACAAAAAGUUGGAAGAGUAGGAGAUUCGUCGUCGCCACUGAUAGCACUUGGUGAAACGUAUCUUCCUGAUUAUGCAGAUGUAUUCUUCCUAGUGUUCUUCAAGUCGGCAGUGAUCAUUCUGUGGCACCAGAUGCUGUUUAGCUUCAGUCUGGAACUGUUCGGGAUUUUUCAAGAACAGGCUUUGAUAUCAUUCUGCACUGUGUGGAGUUAGAGCUCACGAUUGGACAAACUCAUACGAGAGGAAUAAAAAACUCGCAUUCUGACACGCUCACAAGAUAAUAUUUCUACGGAUUAUAUCGAGGCAACUAGCAGACAGGUACUACAAGAACGUUCACAGAACCUAAUUAUCAUCAUCAGAAUAGACAGACAGACGGAGUGUUUUUAGACAGAGUGUUUUUAGACGGAGUGUUUUCUUUCUGUGAAUCAUGGAUGACUUUCUAGUCCAGCUGUGAAUGUGUAGAGCAGCUACUACUACUACUAGAGUGAGACGCUCCCUCCCUCCCCCCAAGCUAACAGAAGGGUGUCCCCAGUUUACCGACACCCCCGACGUCCUGUGGUAGAUACCUUGUGGUUGUCUAUCGAUUCCUGAGCAACACAACGUACAGUUUCUACGUCACGCACCACACCGACAAUGUACUACUCGGACUUCAAUGGAGAGGCUCCUCCCCCCGCCCGGGCAGCGAGACCAGUGUAGCCACCACCCCCACCAGCAUGACCCCCGGGGGACCGCCCCCACCCCUCCCACCCCCUCUCCCAGGAUCCCUAUCUACAGCAGCGGGCCUCAGCGCUCUAAAUCUUAUCCAAUCCCCGAAGCAUCACUUACCAGGAGGAGGAGGGGGUUCUAGUGGUGGGGGAGGUGGAGGAGGACUCAAACCGUCGACCUACAGCUCCCCGCCCCCGAUACCCUGUAACCCGGAACACAACGUGUGUAGGGUCAUCGACUACAGAGGUCAGAAAGUGGCGGCAUUCAUCGUGGACUCCCGGGAGCUCAUCUGCCUCCCGCAGGCGUUCGAACUCUUUCUCAAGCACCUGGUGGGCGGGCUGCAUACCGUCUACACCAAGCUCAAGCGGCUGGAGAUCACGCCUGUCGUCUGCAAUGUGGAGCAGGUGAGGAUCUUGCGCGGGCUGGGAGCCAUUCAGCCGGGGGUCAACCGGUGCAAGCUCAUCUCCUGCCCAGAGUUUGACACACUGUACGAGGAUUGCACGAACUCAAA